AACAGCAAAGGCAGUGGUGGUUUGAAUACCCUGCAAACAGGAAGUUUUACACAUGCAUAGCUCUUAGCUUCUGUGUAAGAAGUUGUAGAACUCCUUCUGGAAGUAUUUUCAGUUAAUUUAAGGAAAGUGUAAAUGCACUUGAAUGGCAGCUUAUAGAGAACUACCAUGCAACCAGUAUACAGGUACAAGUACUGCUCUUCAGAAAUUGGAAGGUUUUGCUAGCCGAUUAUUUCAUAGACACUCUAAAGGCACUGCACAUGAUCAGAAAGCAGCUCUGGAAAAUGACAGCCUUCACCUCUCUGAACAUACUGCCUUAUGGGACAAAUCAAUGAAAGAGUUUCUAGCCAAAGCCAAAGAAGACUUCUUGAAAAAAUGGGAGAAUCCUCCUCCGAGCAAUGCUGGACUUGAGGAUUUUGAAAGGAAAAAAACUCUUGGAACAGGUUCAUUUGGAAGAGUCAUGCUGGUGAAGCAUAAAGCCACUGAGCAGUAUUAUGCCAUGAAGAUCUUAGAUAAGCAGAAGGUUGUUAAACUGAAGCAAAUAGAGCAUACAUUGAAUGAGAAACGAAUAUUACAGGCUGUGAAUUUUCCUUUUCUUGUUCGACUGGAAUAUUCAUUUAAGGAUAAUUCUAAUUUAUACAUGGUUAUGGAAUAUGUUCCUGGAGGUGAAAUGUUUUCACAUCUAAGAAGAAUUGGAAGGUUCAGUGAACCCCAUGCACGGUUCUAUGCAGCUCAGAUAGUGCUAACAUUCGAGUACCUCCAUUCACUAGACCUCAUCUACAGAGAUCUAAAACCAGAAAAUCUCUUAAUUGACCAUCAAGGUUAUAUCCAGGUCACAGACUUUGGGUUUGCCAAAAGAGUUAAAGGCAGAACUUGGACAUUGUGUGGCACCCCAGAGUAUUUGGCUCCAGAAAUAAUCCUGAGCAAGGGCUACAAUAAGGCAGUGGAUUGGUGGGCAUUAGGAGUGCUAAUCUAUGAAAUGGCAGCUGGCUAUCCGCCAUUCUUUGCAGACCAGCCAAUUCAGAUUUAUGAAAAGAUUGUUUCUGGAAAAGUGCGAUUCCCAUCCCACUUCAGUUCAGAUCUCAAGGAUCUUCUAAGGAACCUACUGCAAGUGGAUUUGACAAAGCGAUUUGGAAAUCUAAAGAAUGGUGUGAGUGAUAUAAAAACUCACAAGUGGUUUGCUACAACAGAUUGGAUUGCUAUUUACCAGAGGAAGGUUGAAGCUCCAUUCAUACCAAAGUUCAGAGGCUCUGGAGAUACCAGCAACUUUGACGAUUAUGAAGAAGAAGAUAUCCGUGUCUCUAUAACAGAAAAAUGUGCAAAAGAAUUCUGUGAAUUUUAGAGAGGGCCAACAAGUUGAAAUUAGAGCUCACACUCUUUGCACUCUGGUGAGAGACAAGGUGGAGCUGAGACCCUCCUUGUCGAAGCAGUUACCUAGUUCCUUCAUUCCAGCGACUGAGUGAGGUCUUUAUUGCCAUCAUCCGUGUGUGCACUCUGCAUCCACCUAUGUAAAAAGGCACCGCUAAGUCAGCAUUCUGUGUGCCAUGACGCAGUACUAGACCACUUUCUGCUUCUAUUGGUUUGUCUUUCUCCUCUCCUCCUACAACCACUAUUCUUUUUCAUUAGUUUUCCUCCAAGCAGUGCUCCAUUUUAUCUUGCUGGUGUUUCAGGUGUGCAGUGUUAUGACUAUGUGAUCUUUGAAGGGAAGGACAACUGUUGCUUUUAGUAGCUCCUGCCAAAUGUUUUUGUUGGUCAGUGGCAUGAAGAUGAACUUUCUGAUCAUUGUUUUUAGUUUGAGUAGCUCAGACUUGGUUUUGCCAAACUUGUGACAAUUUUUGAACAUAAUGUCUUACCCCCAAAGACAUUUGCACAAAUUGAAAUCAUUUUAAUUUUCUUGAAAUUCACUAUUCUGGCAAUAAAUUUAGCUAGACUAAUAUAGAGUAGCUGUACCCAGAAAUUUGGAUUUGUAUAGAUCAGAGGGUCCCUUUUCCCUUUGCUUCCUUUUAUGUUAUCUUCCCUGCUCCCACCCCUUAAUUAAAGAAGUGACCAACCCCGUGCAGUGUGACAAAUGCGGCUUCUCCAACAGCAAAUUCCAAUGUUAGGGCUCCCAGCCCAGAUUCUGUCACUUGGAAGCAGCAUUUCUGUAGGAAUUACAGAAGAGCUGGAAGGCGUAUCAACCUUACCUCUUUCUUGAGGGUUUUAGCCAGUAUUUUAACAGAAUAUGAUAAAUGGAAAUAACAAAACUCAAAGUUUUUCAAAUGGUCUUUACCGUAAAGUUUUUACAGGAAAAGAAGCAAGAACAUUGGUCUUACUAAGUCAAAGAAAUGACUCGAUUCUUGCAAAUAGUGUGGAGGUAUUUUUGAUUAAAUGAGGUUUUGUUCUACUUUGUCUUUUAAUACUUAAGAACAAAAGAAGCUGUCACUAGCUUAUCAUUCUGGUGUGCUGUGUGCAUAGGCCCACGGUAGGGGCAAGGUUGCAACUUGUGCUUUCAUCCCAUACCUCAUCACUGAGGAAAGGAGACAAAGUUUAUAAAACUGCCACAGUUGUGUUUUACUUUUGAGGGAUAAUAUUUUUUAGAUAAAUCAUCAUUUCUAGCUUCUUUUCUCUCAGUAACCAGAAUGAAUGAUCAUACAGAUAUAAUUUUGGUAUUUGAGUUAUUUUUUAUACUUUUUUGCCAACUGACUUAACAACAUUGCUGUGAUGCAGAAAUUUCAAGCAUUUUUGCACAUUUAGUUCAGUGUUUUUUCAGAUUCCUUGGCUUAAUUCAUUUUUAACUAAUUUUUCUUUCAUUUCAUUUUCCCUAUUUGAUUUGAUCUGUAUGUCUCAGUGACCUAUCUUUAAACAACACACCAAAACAGUUUAAAAUAAACUGCUUUCAUCUUUAUGAUCAGUUUACAACCAUAUAAAAGAAAUUGUUACUCACAUUGAUCUUGAUGUAAAUAACCAUUGUUUGCUUCGUCACUGGUGCAGGUGCAUCACUGACACUACUUUUCAUCUGUACCAUGCCCUUGUAAAGCUUUUGAAGACAUUAAGAAAUUCUGUCUGAGAUACUCUCUUCACGAAUCUAUGUCUUUUGGUUGCCAAGUAUUUCUGCAUGAUAAUGUUCAUGUAAAGGCUGAUACUGAUUUCAGUUGGUUCACCUAUAUUUAUAAUGUGCAAGAAACAUGAAAUACUCUGCUGUAGCAAGUUUUAUGUAACAAAAUAUAUCAUCAUGUCAAUAAAUUUAAAAUAGCAUUUGUAUAAAAUAUCUUAAUGUUUUUGUAUUUCGUUUAGAUUCAAGAACAUGCUGAUGAUCAUUGUAUUCUAUAUGUAUGCUACAAAUUCUAUGAUAGCUUUGUUGUAUAUUAUUGUAAAAUUAUUUUAAUAAAUCACAGGGAUGACAAUUUGAUUAUUACAAUUUCAUUUUCAGUAACCAAAAAUAUUUCUAUAAAUUCUGAAAUUAUUUUUUCUAUGAAAUUCCUAGUGCCCAACUGUAGAAUCUGCCCAGGUAGAUGACUUCCAGGCUAUUCAGCCAUUCAACUUUACUCUCUAUUUAAAAGGACAAGAGCAAGCUCUCAAGUAUGUCAAGGGACUCUAUUUUUGACCAAUGAAGUAUGCUUAAUUAGAAUAUUUUUAAAGUACGUGAAAUUCGCAAAUCCAGCCACAGUGUAGCCAAGAACAAGAUAAAAACUUGAAGACAAAAAAUGGCAUAAAUCAGUGUUUAGCCUCAAAUUUUAUUAUUUGAAACAGAAGACAUUGUGCUUUUUCUCAGAAAACAAAGUUGACAUCUAUAGGAAGGGACCCUAGACUGAAAAUCAAGACAUGUGAGUUUCAGGCCAGAAAAUUAUUCGAAUGGCCCUGGCCUCAGUUCUCUUAUCUGCACUAUGGAAGCAUUAGAUUAGGCAGUUUAUAAAGUCCCUUCGAACUUACAGUCGUUAUGACAAGAUUCUCUUUUUAUCUGCUGUUUUGAAGGGGUGCUGUGUUUAGAAGCAGUCUCUGUAAAGCAAUGUAUUAUAGGGCCAUCUUUCUUAUCUCUGACAGUGUUCUGAGGAUUCUUUGACUAUCACGAGAAUCUUGUGUCUGUCCUGAUUCCUUCCUCAUUCACUGAUGCUGAAUACCCAGUUGAUAUCAAACUGUCAGCCUACCAAAAAUGAUAUGUGGCUUAUGGGUAUUGCUGUCUUGUUCAUGGUAUGUUCUUGUAUUGACUGCCCAUUGGCCUGAAAAUACUCAUUGUAAGCCUGAAAAAAAAUCAUUUUUAUUUGCCCCUAAUUGUUUUUUCUGCUUGUUGUAAGACUCAAAUGAAAUAAUGUAUGUGGAAGCACCUUGUACACUGUAAGCUAUCAAUGUAAAAUGUUAAGGUGUGUUGUUAUUUCAUUAAUUACUUCUUUAUUUAGAAUGGAGUUUCCUAUGCAUUAUUAUAGCUAGGAAAUGCUAAAACCAACUGUGUUUUUUAAUUAAUCAAUAACUGCAAAAUUAAAGUAUCUUCAAAGAUAAAAUAA